AUGAGUCCGGUUUUAGUUUUUGAGAAGAAUUUCGCAGAGCUCACCAAGACCGUCAGUCGCUCCAUGGGUAAAGACAUCCGUCUCAUAGUCGAGGGACAUAGUAUAUUCCCACCUCCGAAGAACCUACGAUCAGAUCCAGCAUUAUUUCUGUUCCUACCCAACUCAUCUUCGAUCUGGAGUGUGCGAUUGCAAUGGAAGUUGGGAAUUCCUGAGGCAACUCAUCAAGUUCUCACAAUGAACAAUCUUCGUUCUCGUGUCGUCCUUCAAGCUGAUGGUCGAAUCCGUACUGGUCGUGAUGUCUUGAUUGCCGCACUUCUUGGAUCUGAUGAGUUCCGAAUGUCCACCGCCUCACUCAUCGUUCUUGAAUGCACGAUACGUUUCCUCCAAUUCAGCCAACAAAAAGGCCAUUAUGUUGCAAUUCGGAUCUAUCCUGAAUUACGCCCAACAAAUAAUCUCAUACGAGACCCCGAAUAUGGAGAGUUGGGACGGAAAGGAUCUCGUUCCAUUACCAACAACUUGAAGGGAUACGCUGGACAAUUGUUUGUAGAAUUCUUGGCCAAAAGAGUCAGUAUCACUCUUGAAGGAGAUGCCCAUGACUACGUCGGAAAGUGUAUCUCCGGUGGAAAGAUUGUUGUCUUCCCCCCAAAGAACGCCUCAUACAAGUCGGAGGAGAACUCCAUCAUUGGAAUCGUCGCUUUGUACGGAGCUACAUCUGGAGACCGCUCCUAUUCAGCACAUGAACGCAAUCUGAGUCUGUUCUACCAGUUCAAACUUCUCUGUUGUAGAUUCUUAUUGUUUUUAAUAUAUUAA